AAUUCAAAACAAGUUUUGCGGAAAGAUUUCGUCGAGUACUGCAACGAUAGUCUACAUAUGGUUGAGAAAUGGCAGGGAUUGUGAAAGCUAAAUUGGGUAGGCCGAAAAAUAGCGAAAGAAUUCCCGGUCCGUUGUGGUGCACCGUUUGCACUAAACCUAUGAGAACACCAAGCACUUUAGCAUUACAUAUGCGGUCGCACACGGGUGACAAACCGUUUAAAUGUGAACUUUGUGGAAAAUGUUUUGUUUCUAAUACCUCAUUGAAUGAUCAUAAGUUGGUUCAUCUCAAAAGUCGGCACCACGAAUGCAAAACGUGCGGUAAAGUGUUGCAAUCAACAGCUUUUUUGAGAGUUCACAUAAAACGGAACCACCCGAACGUACCGUUACCCCCUGUUGAGCAAAAGUUGCCGCGUGGCCCCCCAGGUCAGCACCGCGAAUGCAUAACGUGCGGUAAAGUGUUGCAGUCACUAGCUCAUUUGAGACUUCACAUAAAACGGAAACACCCAAAUGAACCGUUACCCCCUGUUGAGCAAAAGUUGCCGCGUGGCCCCCCAGGUCAGCACCGCGAAUGCAUAACGUGCGGUAAAGUGUUGCAAUCAACAGCUUUUUUGAGAGUUCACAUAAAACGGAACCACCCGAACGUACCGUUACCCCCUGUUGAGCAAAAGUUGCCGCGUGGCCCCCCAGGUCAGCACCGCGAAUGCAUAACGUGCGGUAAAGUGUUGCAAUCAACAGCUUUUUUGAGAGUUCACAUAAAACGGAACCACCCGAACGAACCGUUACCUCCUGUUGAGGAUAAAAAGCUACGUGGUGCCCCAAGGAAAAAGAAAAAUCAAGAAAUUAUUUCAAAAGCAGUGGCUACGGCUUCAGAACGAAACCGUUCAAAACGUAUGGUUAAUCAAAACAAGCCAAAGUUGCCUGCCUGCUCACCAAAAGAUGUUGUUGUUGUUAGUUUAGCUUGGAUGCGAAAAGAACAAUAUGAAGAAAAGUUUCAACAAAUAAAUUUGAGGGAUCCAAAAUUAAAACCAGCGUUUUUAAAAAAUGGGGACAAGAAUGAUGAAAAUGAGGACAUUGGAAUUGAAGAGGAUAAUAUUGGAGAAGAAGCCUCAGUGAAUCCUCACGCCGUGGUGGUUAAUUUGGCUUCAAUUGAACCUCCAGUGGUUGAGAUGGAGGGUUUGAACCCGCCCAAGCUAGUGGACACGAGUUGGGACAUGGUGGAUGAAUUGGAUGACGAAGCUAAUUCGGAAGUAUCAAAACCUAAAGUUAAACUCAAUAAAAUAAAACUUCUCAAAAAAGGCAAUAACAAUAAGCAAAAAACACCCACUUUAACAGUUAAACCGGGUAAAAGGAAUAUUGGUAAAAAGAAUUUUGUUAAAAAGGAAAUUGUUGGUAAAAAAAUUAUUGUUAAAAAGGUUAUUGUUAAAAAGAAGAUUGGUAACAAUGAAAAUGUUGGCCAAGAGUCACCAAAAGCUCAUGAGAAUUUAAAGGUUCCAGUUCAAACGGUUACUGUUAUUAAGGAAAAGCUUAACCAGGCGACACCAAAACCCUCCAGCCAUCUACAAGAAGAUAUUGAUGAUAUUAUGGAUGUACAAGAUGAAAAUCCUGCUUCGGAAAGUAAGAAAUUUGUAGCGGAAUCUGCUUGUGGGUUGGGUGACAUAGUGUUGUUAAAACAUGCAAGCGCUGUGCAAGGUGAUGUAAAAAGUCAGUUUAACCAAUUCCCUUGCUACAAGUGUUCGUUCUCGUUUCAGAACUUUGAAGACCUUAACAAACAUUUAUCCAACCACCAUAAUGAAGAUACGGAGCUGUUGUGCGAUAUUUGUGGCCAGAUGUUCGGUGGUGAAAAACUUCUGGUGAGACAUAAACAAGUUUACCAUAAGCAUUUCAAAUGCCAGAUCUGUAACGAAACAUUUCCACAACUUAGUAGUUUAUCAAGUCACCAAAGAGUCCACACUAGUGAGAAGCCGUACAAAUGCGACAUCUGUGAAAAGGCUUUUGCUUAUCAAAGCCACUUAAUAAUUCACCUAAGAGCCCACACUGGCGAGAAGCCAUACAAAUGCGACAUAUGUAAAAAGGCUUUCGGUCGUCAAAGCCAAUUUCAAAUUCACCAAAGAGUCCACACUGGCGAGAAGCCAUACAAAUGUGUGAUUUGUAACAAAUCAUUUGCUUCAAAUUCACAUUUGAAACGCCAUAGUCUCGCACAUACAGGUGAAAAACCUUAUAAAUGUAAUCUUUGUGAAUCUGCCUUUACAUCAAAACAGCGUUUGACGACACAUCAGCAAAUUCAUGCCAGUAAGAAGCCCUACCAGUGCGACGUCUGUAAAAAAACAUUCGCAAGCGAGUCUAUUUUGACCCUUCAUUCUUUAUCACAUUUGGGGACAGUUACGUUUGAAUGCGAUAUUUGUGGAGCUACGUAUAAACGGAGGGAUAAGUUAUUAAUACACCAAAGAAAACACACUGGUGAAAAACCAUUCAAAUGUGGGGUCUGUAACAAGAAACUUUUAACCAGCAGGUCAUUGAAAAUACAUAACUUACUGCAUACGGGUGAAACACCUUAUAGUUGUGAUAUUUGUGACGCGAGAUUUAAUCAGAAACACCACUUACAAGUUCACCUCCUCAAACACAGCGGUGAAAGACCUUACAAGUGUAACGUAUGUAACAUAGGUUUCACUAAAAAUUAUGCUUUGAAAUCACACUUCCGGGGUAAAAGACACAAAAAGAAGGCACAACUACUAACCCACAGCUUGUAUUAAAUCGGAGCUCAGUUCAAAAAAUGAAUCUUUUUAAAAUUCAAUAAAAAAAAUAUUUUUAAAAGUUGUUUCUAUUUUGAUUUAAUUUUAAAAUAUUGAAUUUAUUCUCAAAAACGAUAUUUUUUUUUCUGUCUUUUUUUGAUUUACAAUUUGGUCGCUACCUGUUCUUUUGUUCAAUCACGGCUUUACAUUAUGUUACAACACAUGUGUACAUACCCAGCUGCAUACUAUGUGUAAUAAACAUGGAUGCUGUUAUGUCUUGUGUAAUAAUU